AUGGCUCCAGGCGGUGGUGGAAACAUCAAGGUGGUGGUGAGAGUGCGGCCGUUCAACAGUCGAGAAAUUGACAGAGGUGCAAAAUGUAUCGUCAAAAUGUCUGGGAACCAGACCGUCCUUGCGCUGCCUCCUGGCGCCGAAGAGAAGCUUCGCAAAGGUGGCUCGAAGGGCGCGGUUGAUGGUCCCAAGAUAUUUGCUUUCGAUAGGUCAUAUUGGUCGUUUGAUAAGGGUUCCUCGAAUUAUGCUGGUCAAAAUAAUUUAUUUGAUGAUCUUGGAAUACCACUGCUUGAAAAUGCGUUCGAAGGUUACAACAAUUGUAUUUUUGCCUAUGGUCAGACUGGUUCGGGAAAGUCGUAUUCCAUGAUGGGUUAUGGCAAAGAACAUGGUAUUAUACCGAAUAUUUGCCAAGAUAUGUUCAAAAGAAUUACGGCCAUACAGCAAGAUAAGAAUUUGAUCUGUACCGUCGAAGUGUCGUAUUUGGAAAUUUACAAUGAGCGUGUUCGCGAUUUGCUCAACCCUGCGAAUAAAGGAAACCUCAAAGUUCGAGAGCAUCCAUCUACUGGUCCUUAUGUCGAAGAUCUUGCCAAACUGGUUGUCCGCUCAUUCCAAGAAAUCGAAAACCUGAUGGACGAAGGAAACAAAGCUAGAACUGUCGCUGCAACCAAUAUGAACGAGACAUCCAGUCGUUCUCACGCUGUCUUUACGCUUACUCUAACACAGAAGAGACACGAUGCUGAAACAAGUAUGGACACCGAGAAGGUUGCUAAAAUCAGUUUGGUCGAUUUGGCAGGUUCCGAAAGAGCAACAUCGACUGGUGCGACAGGUGCUCGUCUUAAAGAAGGAGCGGAAAUCAAUCGUUCGCUUUCGACCUUGGGACGUGUUAUUGCAGCUUUGGCGGAUCUCUCAUCCGGAAAAGGAAAGAAAGGAACACUGGUACCAUAUCGGGAUUCAGUUCUAACAUGGCUAUUGAAAGACUCGCUCGGUGGUAACUCAAUGACGGCGAUGAUUGCGGCCAUUUCGCCUGCAGAUAUCAACUUUGAAGAAACUCUUUCCACAUUGAGAUACGCUGAUUCAGCCAAGCGCAUCAAGAAUCAUGCUGUGGUCAACGAGGAUCCAAAUGCUCGUAUGAUACGUGAGUUGAAGGAAGAGUUAGCUCAGCUGCGAAGCAAGCUGGGCGGUGGUGUCGGUGCAUUGUCGGCAGCUGGAGGCGCUCAAAUGGAAGAAUCCUAUCCUCCCGAUACACCUUUAGAAAAGCAAAUGGUCUCUAUCCAACAGCCGGAUGGCUCGAUCAAGAAGGUCAGCAAGGCCGAAAUUGUUGAACAGCUCAAUCAAAGCGAGAAACUAUACAAUGAUCUUAAUCAAACAUGGGAAGAGAAGCUGGCGAAAACAGAGGAGAUUCAGAAAGAACGGGAGGCUGCACUGGAAGAACUUGGAAUUAGCAUCGAGAAGGGGUUCAUAGGUUUAAGUACUCCGAAGAAGAUGCCUCAUUUGGUCAAUCUGAGCGAUGAUCCUCUCCUGACAGAAUGUCUCGUGUAUAACAUUAAACCUGGCCAAACAAGGGUGGGAAAUGUUGACCAGGAGAACCAGGAGAGCGAGGCCGAAAUACGACUUAACGGUUCAAAGAUUCAACAAAACCACUGUACGUUUGAGAACGUCGAUAAUGUGGUGACGCUUAUUCCAGGGGAAGGUGCCGCGGUAAUGAUUAACGGUCUUCGUAUUGAAAAGCCAACGCGUCUCCGAAGUGGUUGCCGAGUUAUCUUAGGUGAUUUUCAUAUUUUCAGGUUCAAUCACCCGGAUGAAGCUCGUGCAGAACGAGUAGAGCAAAGCCUUCUACGCCAUUCCAUCACAACAAGCCAACUAGGAUCGCCAGCACCCAACAAGACUCAUGACCGUACCCUGAGCAAAGCUGGUUUGGAAAUUGAUGAUUCAAGUAGAUCUGGUUCUCCUCUACCCAAUCGAAGUGGAAGGGACUCAGAUUGGUUUUAUGCGCGUAGAGAAGCCGCGAGCGCAAUCCUAGGCCCUGACCAGAAGAUUUCCGAUCUUAAUGACGAUGAAUUGGACGCUCUUUUUGAUGAUGUCCAAAAGGCUCGUGCGGUUCGCCGUGGCUUGCUUGAAAACGAAGAGGAUUCUGACUCGCUCAGCUCAUUUCCCGUGCGGGACAAAUACAUGUCAAAUGGAACAAUCGAUAAUUUCUCUCUUGAUACUGCGAUAACCAUGCCAGGUACUCCUGGUCAAAUUGAUGAAGAGGAAGGUGACUCCACGCUACAAGCAGCCCGAGAUGAUAUGCAGCGUCAGUUGGACAAACAGAAAGGCGAAUUCCAAGAGAAGCUGAAAGCAGACGCAUCUCAUGCAGAUGUUGAAGAACUACGGCAGCAGAGAACUCACAUGGAGGAAGCCUUGCAGACUGCUAAGGCAGAAUUCGAGCAGCAACUUAAGAUACAAAAGGAGCAGUAUGAGGCUCACAUCAAAGAGAUGGGUCAUCCUGUUCCGAAAAUCCUAGAAAAUGGCUUCGCCAAGCUUGAACCCCAGGAGAUUGAAGUUGCCAAGUCAGUUGUAAAUCACUGGUCUAAACGAAACUACGUCCGCAUGGCCGAGUCGAUCCUACAGCAUGCUUCGUUGUUGAAGGAAGCUCAAGUCAUGAGCCAAAUCAUGGAUAAAAAUGUCGUCUUCCAAUUUGCAAUUGUUGACGAAGGACAUACCAUGGUGUCAUCUUACGACUUGGUUCUCAACGGCAUUUCUGGAGAAGACGAUGAUGCAUUGGACGAAGAAAAAAAGCCUUGCGUCGGAGUACGCGUAAUCGAUUUCAAGCAUUCUGUCAUCAAUCUCUGGUCGGUUGAAAAACUUCAAAAACGAGUACAAUCUAUGCGUCAAAUACACCAAUACAUUGACCGACCUGACUACAUCCAACAUUUCAAGCUUGAGAAUCCGUUUUCGGAAACGUGUCCAGCUCAAUAUUCUUUGGUCGGUGAUGCCGAUAUUCCUUUGACUGCCGUCUUCGAGACUCGUGUUCAGGAUUUCUCUGUCGAAGUGGUCUCUCCUUACACCCAAAGUGUGGUUGGAAUUAUUCGAUUGUCCCUCGAGCCAUCAUCAGCACAGGCUCCUUCUUCCACCCUUAAGUUCAACGUGGUGAUGCGUGAUAUGGCCGGAUUUGCAGAACGCGAAGGAACGGAAGUACACGCCCAGCUUUUUGUGCCUGGUGUGUCUGAAGAAGGUGGUGCUACAACGACUCAGAUUAUUAGUGGUUUUGAUGAAAAUCCAAUUCGUUUUGAGAGUGUGCAUAGUAUGAGCUUACCGCUAUCAAGCCCUCGGACUGCUUCGUUGAAAGUCUGCAUAUAUGGGAAGGUCACAUCUAUGCAUCUUGACAAAUUACUUAGUUGGGAUGGCAUGCGUGACUCUUCCGAGAUACCACCCCCUUCAAAACGCAAGGCGCCUCGUAUUGCAGAAACUGAAUUUUACUCAGAAGAACGCCAUGACGUUUUUUCACGCAUUCAGAUACUAGAGUUGGCCGAAACUGGCGAUUACCUGCCCGUUGAAGUCGUUCAGAAUAACAGCAUGGAUGCAGGUACCUAUCAGCUACAUCAAGGUUUGCAACGACGAGUUGCUAUACAUCUUACACAUAGUUCUACUCAGAACUUUCCUUGGGAGGAUAUAAACAAUCUUCGGGUCGGCUCGGUUCGCUUGCUGGAUCCAUGGGGCAAGAUACCGGACCAAGAUUUCAAAACACCUGACAUACCACUGCGGCUCAUACAAGAACCCAUGAUCAAGGAUAAUGCCGAUGGAACAUCGAAUGUAACGAUCAUCGGACAAUGGGAUUCUAGUCUCCACGGUUCGCUCUUACUGGACCGCACUACUGCCGAUAAAUAUCGAGUGCAGGUUUCUCUGCGGUGGGAUCUGGUGUCAUCUCGUGUGCAUGACCCUAUUACGUUUGAGCUAGAUCAAACCUUGGUGAUCCUUGGACGCACUUAUGUUCGUCACCAGUCGAUUCUCAAACAGCUUUGGAGCCAGACGCGUAUAGUGCAUUCCACUGUUGGCAUGUUCUCAGUUGCUAUCCGCCCGGUAUCAGCUAAACGUGCUGCAGACCUAUGGAGGAUGAAUACCCAGAAUGACUACGUGAAAGGCGAGGAAUUGUUGACAAGCUGGUCUCCAAGAAAAGUAUCACUUGUUCGAGAUUUUAUCGUAUCUCGUAAGCGAAGACAACGUGUAGCCGAACUGGAGGCUGCUCGAGGAGCCUUAGAUGCUGAGAGCCUGACGCCUUCCCCUUCGAAAGGCAGUGGUCGCUCAACCCCCUUACGCAACCAGGAGCUUUCAGAGCGGCAGACCAAGCUGGUACAAAAAUACCUUGGAAUUUGGUCGACAAAAAAAGAUCCCACGGAGGUUAUUCUUGUGAAAACCAAUACCGAGCAACCAACGAAUGGUGUUGGCUCAUCCAAAGCCCCAUCAGCCUUGGAUUCUGACAGUUCUUCAGAGCAUAGCUCAUCUCCACCGCGUUAUGUUGCAACAGUCCAAACUCUUACAAAAAAUGCAACCGUGGCGAAAUCUAGUUACCUUGCUAUGCCAGAUGACGGCAGCACACAAUGGAUACGUCGAUUUGUUGAACUUCGGGGAUCUUACUUGCAUAUCUACUCUGUUCCUGACGGGGACGAGAUUAAUACGAUUAAUUUACGUCACGCACGGGUGGACCACGAUCCUGACUUUGCGCGACUCUUUGACGGAACUGGAGCAGGACCAGGUGGACGUCCAAAUAUAUUUGCGGUGUAUGGACCGCAAAACACGUUCCUCUUCACGGCGCGGACUGAGGCGCAAAAGGUUGAGUGGAUCUUGAAGAUUGACCAAAGUUACUUCAGCAACAAUGCCCCCAAAAAUGGUCGAUAG